AAAUUGAUACUUGAACAACAAUCCUCACAGCGACACAAAAAGCGAACUCGACUGUACACCGCCUUGGAUGAUGGCUUUCCCUCAGCAAUUUUAUAAUCCGGGAACUCCCUUCACUGGUACCAUUAAUGGUGGUCUCCAGGUGGGCAAAUCCAUCACCAUCAGUGGAUGGGUCCAACCUGGAGCUGACAGGUUUCAUGUGAAUUUACAGUGCGGCUCUAACACAAAUGCGGACAUUGCGCUCCAUUUCAACCCACGGUAUGACAGUCUUCCUGGCUAUGUUGUUGCCAAUACCUUCCAGCAUGGUCGUUGGGGUACAGAAGAAAGAAAGCAAAACUUUCCUUUACCCACUGGCUCUGCCUUCAACCUGCUCAUCACAGUCACCAGCGAUUCCUACCAGAUGAACAUCAAUGGCACUCACUUCAUGGAGUAUAAACAUCGUAUUUCAUUUUUCCAAGUGAAUACCAUCGCAAUUGAUGGAAAAGUGGACAUUUCCUCCAUAACCUUCAGUAACCCAAUGUUCGCUGGACUCCCGCAACCUGGAUUUCCAUCACAACCAGGAUUUGUUCCCGCAUUCUUUAGCGUUCCAUACAAGGCCAUCAUCAGUGGAGGAUUUAAGAUGGGACGAGUCAUUACUAUCCAAGGAACUGUUCACCCUAACGCCACAAGAUUCAAUGUUAACCUGAACCAUCCCUAUGGCAUUGCUCUACAUUAUAAUCCACGUUUCAAUGAGAACGUUGUGGUUCGAAACACCAAAUACGGGGGAAAGUGGGACUCAGAGGAACGUGAUGGUCCAAUGCCCUUUCACAAGGGACAGCCUUUCACGCUAACCAUCUGUUGUGAGAACCAUUCCUUCAGGAUCAUGGCGAACGGAAUGCAAGCUCACACCUACAGGCAUCGUUUCACUCACCUGCAGCACAUUUCAGAGUUGGAGAUCGACGGUGACAUCAGCAUCACCUCAGUUAAUGUGUAGGGAGAUUCAGGAAAAGCGGUCCCACAUCCCCAGCGAUACCCUCAACUAUCAUUUAUUGUUCUCAUUUAUUAUUAUAAUAUACAUAAUUAACACGGAUCAUAUCAUACACUCUACUAUAUCAUAACAUUGAGUAAAAUAUAUUUGCUAAAUAACAAAAAGUACAAGUUUAUUGAACUCUGUUGUGACUUGAAGCUAAAAAAGUAAAAUAAGUUGAUUUUUCAAUAGUUUCACUAUUAAUCUAAGUCCAUUAGGGAAGGUGACUUGUUCCUAUUGUUUACCAAUUUAUUUGUACAAUCAUUCAUUUGUGA